UCUGUGGUUGGAUUUUCAUUAUUUUGAUUAUUAAACGCCCUUACUGCUUAUUUACAAAUAGUGACCCAAGCAACCAUGCCAACUGUUCCCAGUCUUUAUUCUUCAAAGUCCUCUGUGCUCAUUCCUAUCUCUUAUGGACGACGACGACAAGCAACCAAAACCCACGGCCAAAACCACUCUCUAUAUGGAUUGUUUUGGAUUUUCCAGGAAACUGAAUGUUUCCCAGAAAAAAUCAGUGAAAGUUUUACCCACUGAUCACAAGCAUAAUUGGUUUUCCCGGUCAACGACGUUUCUCUUGAAACAUUCCGGCUCCAAGAAUCUUCCUGCCGACUACUCUACCAUAUCAGAGAAAAUACAGAUUCAAAAGACUAAAAUAAAGAAGUCAAAACCGAAGCGGAACUCCUCCGAUGAGAUCCCUCCAAAACGUCAAGAUUCGGAAGCCAAAAAUAAGAUUCCGGCGGCUUCUAAAGUUGAUACUACUUCAGAUCAAGUUUAUGAAGAAAGAGCUCAAGAGACAAAACACGAUUCUGUGCAGAACAUCAACCUUGAAAAGGGGAAACUUUUGGAUCAUGUGGUGGAUUCUCCUAAGCAGUUAUCUUUCGGCCGGAAGAUAGAAACCACAAGAAUUACUUCUAGCCAACCCGGUUCACACGAGCCCAAAUCCUACGGAACCGCCGUUCUUCGCUCGACAUCUUUUCCGGCACCAAACCGGCCAGAAAAAUCACGGGUAAACGCUAAAAGGCUUCACAAAGAAAAUGGACCAACGGAUAAAAAAUUAGACCCAGUGAUUGGCAUGUUGAUUGUGAUGGUGACCUUGAUGAUAAUGUUGCUAUGGGGUCGGUUAUGUGCGAUUCUUUGUACGUGUGCAUGGUUGUUAUGUUUCGGUCCUUGGUUAACCACCGAGGUUAAGGCAACUCUGAAUGGAACCGUGAAAAAUGGUUUGGUUUCAGGCGAACCGGAUUUCAACUCGGAGGAGUACAAGAAAAGAGUUGUUUUGGAGGGGUUUCUCGAGAGGAACCACCGGCCUACGAUGUGAAUCUUCAGUUUUGUUAUUAUUAGAAUGGCAUUUUGUGUAAAUUGUUUGUAGAAAUAUGUCUAACUAUAUCAGGGAAAAACAACAAAUAAAUAAAACAAAAUUCCUACUAAAAUAAAUAAAUAAAUAAAACAAAAUUCCUACUAAAAUAAAUAAAUAAAACAAAAUUAGUCAAUUUUCUACAAGAUUAUAUUUGCUUCUACUUUUUCUUUCUAUUUAAUUGGCAGUUGGGGACGUCACGUGAUUUUGAUGGAUUAGCACGUGAUAUAGAUCAUGACUUUUUUUCUAAUGAAUAGUUACCUAUCCAAUUUGU